UCCCGUUCGAAAACAACCGUCCGAGCUGUGUAUGCAUUCCCAAAAUAUCUACUUUUAUCGGCCCACAGAUCCACCAGGAAACCAAAACUCCCCACAAUUUUGAUCUGAUCAUUUCAAAAUCCCACAACCCCUCUUCCAAAAUCGCGUCGUCACACCAAGAAGCUCUCGGAAUUUCGAGUUCUCCUCCCAUUUUUCCUGGCAUCGGGCGCGCAGAUUUUGACCAGUUAUCAACUGUUCUUCUCCAGUCCCUCGAAGCGCAGAAUUUUGUUCCUUUUUCCGGCUGUUUUGAUCCGACAGUUGUUCCGAAUCACUCUCUCCGCAGCUGACGUCCCUUUUCCGGGUUUUGCUAUUGCUGGGGGCGUAAAAUCCCUCAAGCUGGCGAAUUCGGCGUGUCCAUGGACCAGCCCGAGAGCUCUCUCCCCCAUGCCGCGGUCCAGAAGGGGCAGACCCCACGCCGCGAGGAGCUCGUGCGGCUCAUCGCGCAGUCGCUCUACUCCCUCGGUUACCGGAAGGCGGCAGCCACGCUUGAGGCGGAGUCCGGUGUGCCGCUGUACCCCCCGGAGCACGACCGCCUCCUGCUCGACGUAAUGUCUGGCCGGUGGGACGCGUGCGCGGCCACUAUUGACUCUCUUACCGGCAUUACCGAAAGGAACCGUGCGGUCGCGGAGUUUUUGGUGUGGAGAGGGCACUUCCUGGAGCUGCUGGGCACUGGGGACGCUGGUCUACGCCUUGCAACGGAGGUGCUCUCGCGUCGGAUCGCCCCUCUUGCCAUCGACAGAAGAUGUGUGCACUGGCUGGCUCGCGCAGUGGUCACGUCCGAGGGCGCGGUUGCACCAGAGGCUGUGGCUGAAUGCAGGAUUGGGCUUUUCUUGGAUUUGGUUGAGGCGUUGCCGCCAUGGUUCCGUGUGCCAAGUGGGCGGCUUGAGCAUUUGGUGGAGACUGCGGUUAUUCAGCAGGUUGCUUCGUGCAUAUGUCAUAAUCUGCCGGAUGAGGUCACUCUAUUUGAGGAUCACAAGUGCCAUGAAGAGCAGAUCCCUUCCGACUGUGCGCAGCACCAUCCCUCCUUGUGUUGGCUAUUGGAAGCAUAUAAUUAUCAUUCAACUGGAACUUGUGCUUCAGAAAUAUUAUGUGCUCAUAAAAACGAAGUUUGGUUUGUAAGGUUUUCAAAUGAUGGAAACUACCUGGCAUCAUCUUCAAGUGAUUGUACGGCCAUCAUUUGGAAGGUGGAAGAAGAUGAUACAUUAACCAAGAAGUACUGCCUCGAGGGUCACAAAAGUCCUAUUUCCUUUGUUGCGUGGAGCCCAAAUGAUAGAAUGCUUCUCACUUGUGGUAAUGGGGAAUCUUUAAAACUGUGGAAUGUUGAUACUGGUGAAUGCAAUCUUAAAUUUGGUGCUUCAGUAAAACACAUCAUCGCGUCGUGUGCAUGGUUUCCAAAUUCAGAGAAAAUAGUAUGUGCCAGCUGUGAACCAGAAAGUUCUCCAAAUAUGAUUUUCACUUGUGACCUAGAAGGCCAAGAACUGGAAAUGUGGGCUGGAGAGAGAAUACCUAAAGUUAGUGAUCUUGCUGUGACACCUGAUGGCCAACAUCUAAUCUGUGUAUGUCCUAACGAAAUCUGGAUCCGAGAACUUCGGAAGGGGCGGGAAUGGAAAAUUCCUGAACGGCAGACAAUAUCAUCUCUUUCUCUUUCAGGUGAUGGACAGUCAAUGAUUGUCAACCUUAAUAGCCAGGAAAUUCAUUUGUGGAAAACCAAUGGAAGUUCUAGAGUGCCCGAUAAAUACAAGGGGCACAAGCAAGGAAAGUUUGUGAUUAGAUCAUGCUUUGGAGGAUCAGACUAUCUGUUCAUUGCUAGUGGCAGUGAGGAUUCACAGGUGUACAUUUGGCAAAGAGGCAUGGAGAUGCCGAUAAAGGUCCUAUAUGGGCACUCAAUGACUGUAAAUUGUGUAAGCUGGAACCCCGCGAGGCCCCAGAUGUUGGCUUCCGCAAGUGAUGACCGUACAGUUCGAAUAUGGCUAGCGCACAAACCCCACAGUUUGACUUGAAAAGUUUUGUAUGUUUUCCCUGUGAAUAGUUGUACAUUUUGACUGUAUGCACAAACUAGUUGGGGAUCUUUUUCCCUCGUAAAGAGCUUUUAGCUACUUGAGAGAGGUAAACUUUGAGCAGCCAGAGAUAGCAGGAUACGGGUAAGUUAUUUAUGAGAUGGCGACGCCGGUUGGAGUUUUGCCCGCACACUCUGUAAAGAAUCACAGUUGCAUCAGAGCCUUGUACGCAUGAGUGCUGUUGUUUA